AUCAAUAAUCUGGCAUCGGCUCCAGCUCAAUCCUGUUCGAUGUUUACUGAUAAUAAUAAAAUAAACAGAUUAUAAAGAGGGAAUAAAAUGCAGUCUGAUGACGCGCAGUAUCUGAAACGGAAAGUGAAGCCGGGGAGUAUCGAUGUCCACCCCACAGAGAAGGCUCUGGUGGUGCACUACGAGGUGGAGGCGUGUGUCCUGGGAGAAAACGGAGACUCCGUACACGAGGAGCGGAAAGAGUGUCAGAAGAUUAUCCGGCUGAAGAGCCUCAAUGCCGCCACAGACGUCUCGUCUCUCGCCAGGAAGGUGGUGGACGAAUGUAAACUCAUCCAUCCGUCCAAAGUGGCCGAGGUGGAACAUCUGCUCUCCUACCUGCAGAACCGCAAGAAGCCCAGCAGUAAAGCAGAGAAAGAGGAGAAGAAGCUGGUGAAACCCCGAGAGCUCACGCCGUUUGAGGGGAUGGAGCUUGAUGAGGAGGCUAACAUCAAUAAGAUCGAGGAUUACGUCGAGCUGCUGUAUGAAGGAAUCCCAGAGAAGGUCCGAGGCUCCACCCUCAUCCUCCACCUCGCCCGGAAUCCUGAUAAUCUGGAGGAGCUGCUGCAGAACGAAGCGGCGCUCGGUGCUCUAGCGAGAGUGUUAAGAGAGGACUGGAAGCAGAGUCUGGAGCUGGCCACCACCAUCGUUUACAUCUUCUUCUGUUUCUCCAGCUUCUCCCAGUUCCAUGGUUUGAUCACGCACUAUAAGAUCGGCGCUUUGUGCAUGAACAUGGUGGAGCACGAGCUGAAGAGAUACGACCUGUGGCAGGAGGAGCUGGGGAAGAAGAGCAAAGCCUGUGAAGAAGAUGCUGAUAACCAGAACCUGAAGAAAGAACAUGAAAAAGCUUAUAAGAAAUACCAGAGUCUCCUGGUGAAGCAGGAGCAGCUUCUGAGAGUUGCUCUGUAUCUGCUCUUGAACCUGGCUGAGGACACGCGCACAGAGCUGAAGAUGAGGAACAAGAACAUCGUCCAGCUGCUGGUCAAGACUCUGGAUCGGGAUAAUGAGGAACUCCUGGUGCUCGUCGUCUCCUUCCUCAAGAAGCUCAGCAUCUUCCUGGAGAACAAGAACGACAUGGCGGAGAUGGACACCAUCGAGAAGCUCGCUCGCGUGGUGCCGUGCGAUCACGACGACCUGCUGAACGUCACGCUGCGCCUCCUGCUCAACCUCUCCUUCGACACAGGACUCCGAAACAGGAUGGUGCAGGUCGGCCUCCUGCCCAAACUCACCGCCUUGCUGAGCAGCGAGACUCAUAAACAGAUAGUGAUGUGUAUCCUGUACCACAUCAGCAUGGACGACCGCUCCAAAUCCAUGUUUGCUUACACUGACUGCAUCCCUCAGCUGAUGAAGCUGCUGUUUGAAAACAGAGAGGAGAGAAUCGACUCAGAGCUCAUCUCAUUCUGUAUCAACUUGGCAGCGAACAAGAAAAAUGCUCAGAUCAUCUGUGAAGGAAACGGUCUGAAGAUGCUGAUGAAGAGAGCGCUGAAGUUUAAAGACCGGCUGCUGAUGAAGAUGAUCAGGAACAUCUCGCAACACGACGGCCCGAUCAAGCAGCUUUUCCUGGAUUAUGUGGGUGAUUUGGCGGCUCAGAUCAGUCCUGAAGAAGACGAGGAGUUUGUGAUUGAGUGUUUGGGUACGUUGGCAAACCUCACCAUCCCUGACCUCGACUGGGAGCUUCUGCUCCGUGAAUACAACCUCGUCCCCUACCUCAAAGAGCGCCUCAAACCUGGCUCCGCUGAGGAUGACCUGAUCCUGGAGGUGGUUAUACUGAUUGGCACCGUGUCCAUGGACGACUCCUGUGCUGCCAUGUUGGCCAAAUCUGGCAUCAUUCCUGCUCUUAUAGAGCUUCUUAACGCCCAACAGGAAGAUGAUGAGUUUGUGUGCCAGAUUGUCUAUGUUUUCUAUCAGAUGGUUUUCCACCAGGCCACCAGAGAGGUCAUUAUUAAAGACACCCAGGCUCCGGCGUACCUCAUCGACCUCAUGCACGACAAAAACGCCGAGAUCAGGAAAGUGUGUGACAACACGCUGGACAUCAUCGCAGAAUAUGAUGAACAGUGGGGCUGUAAGAUCCAGUGUGAGAAGUUCCGCUGGUUUAACUCCCAGUGGUUGGAGAUGGUGGAGAGCCGAGAGACAGAGACGGAGCCGUUCCUCUACGGAGACAACGAGACACUGGAACCACCGGACCUGUUCUACAGCACGGAUGGGAUGCCUCCUGAUGCAGGUCUGAGUCCGGACCCGUACGCUCAGUACGGAGACUUCAGCGCGUGCAACGGAUCAAACGGCCGCCCUGCCACUGCGUACGGGUUUCGCCCAGACGAGCCGUUCUACCACCUCCAGCUAGAGGAAAACAAUCAUCGCUCCUACCCGCAGUCCAUUUCCUCGCCACACUGAGUCCACAAUAAGAUGGCCAUCUUAUGAAAAACCCCAGAUUGCUUCUGUUUUCAGAGAUUUGGAAAUAAACACAAAGCUCCUUUGAUCAGAUGUACAGUCUAAGAGGAGUCCAGAUUAAAAAAUAUUCAGAUUAAAUGGGGUUCAGAAUAAAACAUUCAGUUUGUUAUCCAGAUUAAGAUCUUCAAAUAAAAAAAAAUCAGUAUAAAACAUCCAGAUUAAGAUCUUCAAACUAAAAAAGUUGUUCAGAAUAAAACAUCCAGGUUAACAUCUUUUGAAAAAAACAAAACGGUUUAGUAUAAAAUAUCCAGAUUAUGAGAGAUCCAUAUUAAGAUCUUCAAACUAAAAAAGAAGUUCAGAAUAAAACAUCCAGAUUAACAUCAUCUUCAAAAAAAAAAACAGUUCUGUAUAAAGUAUCCAGAUUAUGAGAUGUCCAGAUUAAGAUCUUCAAAUUAAAAAACGUUCAGUGGAAAACGUCCACAUUAAGAUAUCUGGAUUAUGAGAAAUCCAAAUUAACAUAAUCAAAUUAAGAAGAGUCCAGAUUAAAAUAAUCUGAGUCCUGGAGUCCCACUUAAACCUUCCAGAUAAAAUGAGUCCAAAUUGGUCCCAAUUAAAUUAUGUAAUAUAUAUGACAGCCAAAUAAAAUUAAAAACCCCACCAAAUUAGGAUAUACAGAUUAUGAACAGGCAAGAUUAAGACCUUGAUUAUAAAACCUACAAAUUAUGAAAUAUCCAGAUUAGGACAAAUUGAGUCAAUAUUAUUCAUUCAUUCAUCCAUUUCCAUUUUCCUACUGAUUCAGAUAUGCAGGAUUAAAAUAUCUAAAAGGGUCCAGAUUAAAACAUUUAGAUUAACAGGAGUCCAGAUUAUGAUGGAAUGUCCUCCAGGUAAAUAGAACUCCAGAAUUGGAUGUCCAAAUUAAAAAAAAAAAAAAAAUCCAGAUUAAAAUGUUUCUUCAUAUAAAGAAAAAUACAAACAAAUACAUCCAGAUUAGAAUGAGGUCCAGAUUAAAACAACUGGCUAAAUAGAUGAAAUUUAUCUUUAAUUUACUUGAAGUUUCUUCAUCUGGAGCCGAGGUGUUAUUGAGCAUCACUGAUGCGUGAUCACGCUAUGAUCGUACGUACAGGGUCGAGCGUUGCGCUGCCUUUUUGAAUUUUGCUCGUGAUAAUUUUUUCAGUGUUAUUUUCAGUUAGGUUAUUUAUUCUAUUUAUACAAUGUUUUGCAAGACACUUUAAUUGAUUUAUUAGUUUGAACUGACUGCACUUUAAUUUGUACAACAUUAAUACCACUUUAACUCUUUAUUCAGUACUUGAAUAUGUUAAUAUACACUUUUUUGGGGGCCAGAAUUGCUUUAUGUUCAUCUUGCCAAACUCCUUCCGAUUAAAGAUAUAUAAAAAAUUAAACAUUAAUACACUCAACUACUAACAGGUUAGUCAUGAAAUAAAAUACACGUACCCUUCAUCCUUUCAUGAUUUUAAUUCAGUGAUAAAAUCUUUUACCUAACACUAGCUAGCUAUAUAGUUAGCUUAUCUAAUGUUAAUGUUACCUCACUGACAUUAGAUUGAGAGCCAAAUUCACUAACAACCUCGUUAACAUUAAACUAUUUUAUUGCGUAAAUUAAAACAAAACCAUUAACUUUAAUGCUAAACUUUACAUUGAGUCAAAUAAAUGAAAAUAAAGGUUAAUGCUAUGUGAUCGCGUUUGUCGUUUGGAUGAUCAGAUGUACUGUACCCUAAUCUCCAUCUUUAAGUGUCUCGACAAAAUCAGGAUGUGCUAAAAUACUAAAAUUUGAAAAGGCUUAACCAUAUUUACUCCAUUUUACGCCACUAUUUUUACAAUCCUGAUGUUCAUUUAUGAGCAAAUAGUUCCGUAUUAGCCUGGUGUGUUAGCCUAGCAUGUAGAGAAUGAAUAUCCUGAAGGCUGAACUUUCAGUAUUUCAGAUUACAGUGACCUGAGCCAUAUGAAUACAGUAUAUGAUCAUUUUUGUAGCAGCAUCUCAGACAUUUUGUUGACCUUCCAGUCUUUCUUCGCAAUAUUUCUAUGCAGUUUCUAUUGUGUUAUGUUUGGAUAUGUCUAUAAGAUAUGUCGCUUUACAUGUAGCAUGCUUUCUCUAUAUUUUUAGAUAGCAAACGAUACAAGUUUUUUAUGAUAUAUACUUAGAAUUAUAGCCUUUAUUUUAGUAAAUGGCUUUAGUGUUUCUUAUAGCCAUUGCAUUCUAACAGCUUGACAAAAGAAACCUGGUCAUAAAGAUGAUUUACAAUUACAUCACAGCUACAAUAUAAAGAAUAAACGGUAAAGUCUCCCUGCACUG